AUGAAGGGACAAUGGAUCUUGCUCUUUUCUGCUUUGCUCUGCGGUCUAACUGGCUCCAAACAUCUGUUCCAGCCGAGCCUGGUCCUGGACAUGGCCCAAGUGCUCCUGGAUAACUACUGCUUCCCAGAGAACCUGAUGGGGAUGCAAGAAGCCAUCGAACAGGCUAUCCGGAGCCAUGAGAUCCUGGGUAUCUCAGACCCCCAGACACUGGCUGAUGUGCUGACGGCUGGAGUGCAGAGCUCCCUGAAUGACCCUCGCUUGCUCAUCUCCUAUGAGCCCAGUACCCUAGAGAUUCCACAACCAGCCCCAACACCUGCCAACCUCACACAAGAGGAACUGCUUAGUGAGCUGCAGAGGACCAUGAGCUACCAGGUUCUGGAGGGCAAUGUGGGCUACCUACGAGUAGACAGCAUCCCAGGCCAGGAAGUACUGAGCCAGCUGGAGGACUUCCUGGUACCCCACGUGUGGAGGCAGCUCAUGGGCUCCUCUGCAUUGGUGUUGGACCUGCGGCACUGCACAGGAGGCCAUGUCUCCAGCAUCCCUUACUUCAUCUCCUACUUGCACCCAGGAGGCACAGUGCUGCAUGUGGAUACCAUUUACAACCGCCCCUCCAACACAACUACUGAACUCUGGACCUUACCACAGGUGCAUGGGGAAAGGUACAGUGCUGACAAGGAUGUGGUGCUCCUCACCAGUGGCCACACCAGAGGUGUGGCUGAGGAUAUCAUCUACAUCCUCAAGCAGAUGGGCAGGGCCAUUGUGGUUGGCGAGCGAACUGAGGGAGGUGCCCUGGACCUCCAGAAGCUAAGAAUAGGCCACUCUGACUUCUUCCUCACUUUGCCUGUGUCUAGAUCCUUGGGUCCUUUGGGCAGGGGGAGCCAGACAUGGGAGGGCAGUGGGGUGCUGCCCUGUGUGGGGACUCCGGCAGAGCAGGCCCUAGAGAAAGCGCUGGCUAUCCUCACACUGCGCCGAGCCCUGCCGCAGAUCAUCCAGCGCCUACAGGAGGCCCUGCAAGACUACUACACAUUGGUAGGCCGUGUGCCUGCCCUGCUGCACCACCUUGCCACCAUGGACUUUUCUGCCGUGGUUUCUGAGGAGGACCUGGUCGCCAAGCUUAAUGCUGAUCUGCAGGCUGUGUCUGAGGACCCCAGGCUCCUGGUGCAAGUCUUUAAGUCCAGAGAAAACUCUCCUGGGCAUGAGCCUGGAGCUGAUGGACCCCCUAGUACAGUCCCUGUGGUGCCUGAGGAUGAGGCUGCCCAGCGUGCCCUGGUGGAGUCGGAGUUCCAGGUGUCAGUGCUGCCGGGUAAUGUGGGCUACUUGCGCUUUGACAGGUUUGCUGAUGUGUCCAUUCUGGAAGUCCUGGGUCCACACAUAUUGCACCAGGUGUGGGAGCCCCUGCAGGAUACAGAACAUCUCAUCAUGGACCUGCGCCACAACCCUGGGGGGCCCUCUUCUGCUGUGCCCCUGCUGCUGUCUUACUUCCAAGGCCCUGAGGAUGGCCCUGUCCGUCUCUUCACCACCUACGACCGCCGUACCAAUCGCACUCAAGAGCACUUCAGUCGCUCUGAGCUGCAGGGCCAACGUUAUGGCACCCAGAGAGGUGUGUACCUACUCACCAGUCACCGCACAGCCACAGCCGCUGAAGAGUUUGCUUUCCUGAUGCAGUCGCUGGGCUGGUCCACACUGGUGGGUGAGAUCACAGCAGGCAACCUGCUGCACACACACUCUGUGCCUCUGUUGGAGACGCUCACUGGCAGCCUGGUGCUCACCGUGCCUAUGCUUACCUUCAUUGACAACCAUGGUGAGUGCUGGUUGGGUGGUGGCGUGGUGCCUGAUGCCAUCGUACUAGCUGAGGAGGCCCUGGACCGGGCCCUGGAGGUAUUGGACUUCCACCGGAGUCUGGGUGCCUUGGUGGAGGGUACAGGGCACCUGCUGGAAGUCCACUAUGCACGGCCAGAGGUGGUUGGGCAGACUCAGGCCCUGCUGCAGCACAAGCUGGCACGAGGAGCCUAUCGCACGGCUGUGGACCCUGAGUCAUUGACCUCUCAGCUCACGGCUGACCUGCAGGAGGUGUCUGGAGACCACCGCCUGCUGGUGUUCCACAGCCCUGGGGAACUGGUAGCUGAAGAUGCACCCCCACUGCUGCCUGCUGCCCCCUCUCCUGAAGAGCUCUCCUACCUCAUUGAGGCCCUGUUCAAGACGGAGGUGUUGCCUGGACGACUGGGCUACCUGCGAUUCGACACCAUGGCUGAUCUAGAGACAGUCAAGGCCAUUGGGCCACAGCUAGUGCAGCUAGUGUGGGACAGGUUGGUGGACACAGCUGCAUUGAUUGUGGACCUCCGCUACAACCCUGGCAGCUACUCCUCUGCUGUGCCAUUGCUUUGUUCCUACUUCUUUGAAGAAAAGCCCCGUCAGCACCUCUACUCAGUCUUUGACAGAGCCACCUCUCAGGUGAUGGAGGUGUGGACCCUGCCCCAGGUAGCUGGCCAGCGCUAUGGCCCCCACAAGGACCUUUAUAUCCUGGUGAGCCACAGCAGUGGCUCUGCAGCAGAGGCCUUCACCCGCACCAUGCAAGACCUACACCGCGCCACAGUCAUUGGGGAGCCUACGUCUGGGGGAGCCCUCUCUGUGGGCAUCUACCAGGUGGGCAACAGUCCCUUGUAUGCUUCCAUGCCCACACAGACAGCUCUGAGCGCCACGACGGGCCAAGCCUGGGACCUGGCUGGUGUGGAACCUGACAUCACUGUGCCUAUGAAUGAGGCCCUGUCCACAGCCCAGGAAAUUGUAGCCCUGCGUGCCAAGGUGCCUACAGUGUUGCAGACAGCUGGCAAGCUGGUAGCUGAUAACUAUGCCUCCCCUGAGCUGGGUGCCAAGAUGGCUGCCCAACUGAGCCAUCUGCAGAGCCACUAUGCCAUGGUGACCUCAGAAAGGGCCCUGGCUGAGAUGCUUGGGGCCAACCUGCAGGUGCUCUCUGGGGACCCACACCUGAAGAUUGCCCACAUCCCUGAGGAUGCUAAGGACCACAUUCCUGGGAUUGUCCCCAUGCAGAUUCCUUCCCCUGAAGUCUUUGAAGACCUCAUCAAGUUUUCCUUCCACACGAAUGUGUUUGAGGGCAACCUCGGCUACCUGAGGUUUGACAUGUUUGGAGACUGUGAGCUGCUCUCCCAGGUCUCUGAGCUGCUGGUGGAGCAUGUCUGGAGGAAGGUUGUGCACACGGACGCCAUGAUUAUCGAUAUGAGGUUCAACAUCGGCGGCCCUACCUCCUCCAUCUCUGCCCUGUGCUCCUACUUCUUUGAUGAAGGCCCUCCAAUUCUGCUGGACAAAAUCUACAAUCGGCCUAACGAUUCUGUCAACGAAAUCUGGACCCACAACCAGCUUGCAGGUGAACGCUAUGGCUCCAAGAAGAGCAUGGUCAUCCUGACCAGCCAUGUGACGGCUGGCGCUGCAGAGGAGUUCACAUACAUCAUGAAGAGGCUGGGCCGGGCCCUGGUCAUUGGGGAGGUGACCAGUGGUGGCUGCCAGGCACUACAGACCUACCAUGUGGACAACACACACCUCUACAUCACCAUCCCCACGGCCCGCUCAGUGGGGGCGGUGGAUGGCAGCUCCUGGGAAGGGGUGGGUGUGAUGCCCCAUGUGGUAGUUCCUGCAGAAGUGGCCCUCACCAGAGCCAAGGAGAUGCUCCAGCACUCUCUUCAGAGGGUGAAACUAAGCCCAGGCUUGCAGGGUCUCAGGACAAGCUUUGGUGGGCAGAGCCCCAGGGCAGGCAGAGCCUCUGGGGGACACACUGAGGGUACUCUUGCACGUGGUCCUGCCUGA